AUGGAUCUCAUCGAGAUAGCGAAUGUUCUCGGUUCACCAGCACGUUUUUGCGUGCGCGUGUUGUUAUUGCCCAUAUAUCUGCUCACAGACUCCGCAGCCUGGUUUGCUCCGCCGGCUCGUACCAAAUACGCACGCAACAGAUACGGUCCAUCCUUUCGUUGGCGUUUCUGGUUGUCUUUCGAUAUCAGGGGCCUCGAAGCUCUAGAGAAGCUCAUCAACACGGGGAGCGAUGAGGACAUUCUGCGGAUGCGGGACUCUCGACUGGACUCUUCACGGCUGAUUGCACUUGUCGGUGCACUCCUCGCUUCCGUCGCUAUACAAGCGCUCAGCCUCCCUCGGCUGGCGGACACACACGCUAUGGCCCGCGCCCUGUUUAUCGUCGCGCUGUCGCUUUCUGUUCUUGCCACGUUCUUCACAUGUAUUCAGCAACGCGAAUUUGGCGCCGCUCGCAAUGCGAGAGCACUCCGUGCGUGGCUAUCGAACGGCACAAAGUAUGGCAAUCACGAGAACAGCGAGGUCUAUCAGAGCUCAAUAGCGGCUCUCCAUCUUCUCGAGGCUCCAUAUGAGAUUCUCACGCUGUCUGUUGCGAUAUUCAUCGGCGGUAUAGCAUCUUAUCUUGGCAGUGCGUGGGUGAGAAAUAUUGGUCUAGGAAACGAUGAAAACAAUGGGCGGAAAUGGGACGAUGUGAUGGUCAUCGUCGCUUUCGUGAUCCCGACCGUGUUUGCUAUUGUACUGUUCAAUACGCUACUUGGAAGCAAAGACGAAGAGAGUCGAAAGACGGGUGAUGUAUUGCCUGGUUUGGAGGAUCUGAUUAACAUUGAAAGAAGGCUCGAGUGUGGGCCCAUUGCGGCGAUGAGCAGGAAGCAGAAAGCUAGAACGUGGUAA